UCCUCCUUCAGCUGCUUUCCCUUCAGUGGGCCUGAAUGAAGACAAAUGUAAAGAUGGCAUGUCCAAGGAAUUUUAAAAGGUGUAGACCUCCAGACUGAGUAGUGCUGUGUAUUUUUAUUCUCUUUAAUUAGUAAACUGCUGUUCUCUCACAGGUGAAAGUCAUGAUCACGCUAACAGAACUCAAAUACUUAGCAGAUGCUCAGUCAUCCUACCACAUACUAAAACCGUGGUGGGAUGUCUUCUGGUAUUACCUCACCAUGAUAAUGCUGCUGGUUGCUGUGCUUGCUGGGGCUCUCCAGCUUACUCAAACCAGAGUACUGUGUUGUCUUCCUUGCAAGCUAGAAUUUGACAAUCAUUGUGCUGUGCCUUGGGAUAUAGUUAAAGCUAACCUUAACAUGUCAGCUAGCUCUGCAGCACAGAUAAUCAUCCCGCUUAAAAUCCAAAAUGAUCUCCAUCGACAGCAGUAUUCCUAUAUUGAUGCAGUAUGUUAUGAGAGAGAGCUUCACUGGUUUGCCAAAUUUUUUCCAUACCUAGUGCUUCUGCAUACCUUCAUUUUUGCAGCUUGCAGUAAUUUCUGGCUUUAUUAUCCUAGUACAAGUUCCAGGCUUGAGCACUUUGUAGCCAUUCUUCAGAAGUGUUUUGAUUCUCCAUGGACAACACGUGCCCUCUCGGAAACAGUUGCUGAGCAGUCUGUGAGGAAGUUGCCAAUAGCCAAAUCAAAAGCUGCAAUUUCAUCACCUGGGAGUUCAGUAGAUAUAGGGGCCAGCAGACAGUCCCUGCCAUAUUCACAAGCUGGCUUGGAAACAACUGGAAGAGAAAAUUCCUCGAGUGUUCUUGACAAAAAAGAAGGGGAACAAGCUAAAGCGAUAUUUGAAAAAGUGAAGAAAUUCAGAGUGCAUGUUGAAGAGAAGGAUGUCAUAUAUAGAGUGUAUAUGAAACAGAUUAUAGCGAAAGUAAUUGUAUUUGUAAUAAUAAUAAUUUAUGUCCCCUACUAUUUAUCAUUUAUUACACUUGAAAUUGAUUGUGUAGUUAAUGUUCAAGCCUUUACAGGCUACAAAAGGUACCAGUGUGUUUAUUCGCUAGCAGAAAUUUUUAAAGUCUUGGCUUCAUUUUAUGUUGUUUUAGUGAUCUUCUAUGGCUUAACUUGUACUUAUAGUUUGUGGUGGAUGUUAAGAAGUUCACUUAAGCAAUAUUCUUUUGAGAAGUUGAGAGAGAAAAGUAAUUACAGUGAUAUACCUGAUGUAAAGAAUGACUUUGCAUUUAUUCUCCACUUGGCAGAUCAGUAUGAUCCCCUUUAUUCCCAACGAUUCUCAAUAUUCCUAUCUGAUCUGAGUGAAAACAAACUGAAACAGAUAAAUCUUAACAAUGAGUGGUCAGUGGAAAAACUGAAAAAUAAACUAGUAAGAAAUUCCCAAGACAAGAUUGAACUUCACCUUUUCAUGUUAAAUGGUCUUCCAGACAGUGUCUUUGAACUGACAGAAAUAGAGGUCCUAAGCCUGGAACUUAUUCCUGAAGCCAAACUUCCUUCAUCUGUGACCCAGCUAGUCAAUCUCAAAGAACUCAAUGUUUAUUAUUCAUCACUAACUAUGGAUUAUCCAGCAGUCAGCUUUUUAGAAGAAAAUCUGAAAACACUGCGCCUGAAAUCUAGUGAGAUGGGAAGAAUUCCGUUUUGGGUCUUUCAUCUAAAAAACCUACAAGAUUUGUGCUUAACAGGAUAUUUCAUGCUAGAUCAUCAUAACUCCAUAUACAACGAAAGCUUUCAGGGGCUAAAAAAUCUGAGAUCAAUUCACUUAAAAAACAACCUUUCCCGUAUACCUCAAGUGGUUACAGAUCUUCUGCCUUCUUUACAACACUUGUCUAUCCACAAUGAGGGAAGUAAACUGAUAGUACUAAAUAACCUGAAGAAGCUGGUAAACCUCAGAACCUUGGAAUUAAUCUGCUGUGAUUUAGAACGCAUUCCCCAUUCCAUUUUUACCCUCAACAAUUUGCAUGAAAUUGACUUAAAAGAAAAUAAUCUUAGAACAGUGGAAGAAAUAAUUAGUUUUCAACACCUUAAGAACCUUUCUUGCUUAAAAUUGUGGCACAACAGUAUUUCAUAUGUUCCAGUGCAGAUUGGUGCAUUAUCAAACCUGGAACAAUUGUAUCUAAAUUAUAAUAAUAUUAAAAAUGUUCCGUUGCAGCUAUUUCUUUGUAAAAAAUUAUACUAUUUGGAUCUUAGCUAUAAUAAGCUAACCUCCAUCCCUGAAGAAAUUGGUUUUCUGACCAAUCUGCAGUACUUGGCUUUGACAAAAAACCAUAUUGAAAUGCUACCUGAUGGAUUAUUUCAGUGCAAAAAGCUGCAAUUUCUUCUUCUGGGAAAUAACAGUCUGAUGGACUUAUCCCCUUGUGUAGGUCAGCUACUGAAUCUUGUUCAAUUAGAGCUCACUGGAAACUAUCUUGAAUCACAAGAAUGUCAGUUCUUAAAACGGAAUGGUCUUAUUGUAGAAGAAAGAUUGUUAAAAACACUUCCACCUCGAGUAAGAGAGCGUUUGCAGACAUGCUCAGACAAGAGCUAAUUUUAAAAUGAAACUGCAUCAUUGCAUUCUAUAAGCCUUUUCUUAGUAUCUCUCUAAAGAUCUGUAUAGGUGGAGGGAAGUGAAGAAGAGAGAACAGUUUACAAUUCAGUCUUAAACACAUUGAACUGAGUUGAUUGUAUUGGAAAA